AGGUGUUGAUUUAAAAGGAGGUGUGACGGAGUUUGAGCGCCGGCCGACGAGAGCGCCACGGAUGUUCGGCACGGCUCACUUGUAACAGACUUCGGAAUCGUUUCCCCCUCUGUGGAGCAAGGCGGUUCAUUUAGGAACAUGUGGAGUCCGUAUCACUGAUGCUGCUCCCUUCAGCUUUUAAACCCAGUAAAAUAAGCGCUGGGACGAGGCAGGUGUGGGAAUGGGAGUUUGUCUGACCAUGGCAGAGGAGACACUUCAUUGAUGAAUGGCGCUGUCCGGGAAUCCGAUCCCUUGUUUACUGUUGGUGCUGUUGUUGCCUUUGGCUAUGGGGCAUUUUGGUGGCUACUUCCACGCUUUGCUACUGCCCACGGACUGAUCUCAGCGCUGGCGCUACGGACGUCCAGCAUCAGGUCUGCAGCAAGUGUCUGCUGCCACCUUUGCCGAGUAAGACUGAAUUAGGGGGACGUUAUGGAAUAAUUCCUGUGGAAAUAUUUAAAAACCUGGCAUAUUUGUUGCAGGGGCGCACAAAACUGGAAAUAAUUGUAACCUGAUUUUUUUUCGAAACUGGAGACAUUCAGGUGUAUUAAGCACAUUAUCUUCCAGAAAAGGUGUAGGGGCGACAGCAUUUCCCACCCCCGAGCCACGUGAAUAGCACUGUGCAGAAUUAAAGGAGGAAGAUGCCAUUCCAUCAUGUCACGGCAGGUCUUUUGUACAAGGGGAACUACCUGAAUCGAACCUUGUCUGAGGGAAGUGACAGUGAACAAUUAGCCAACAUCUCUGUGGAGGAACUUGAUGAAAUACGAGAGGCCUUCCGAGUACUGGAUCGGGAUGGAAAUGGUUUUAUCUCCAAACAGGAGUUGGGUAUGGCAAUGCGUUCGCUGGGUUAUAUGCCCAGUGAGGUAGAACUGGCUAUCAUCAUGCAACGGCUUGACAUGGAUGGAGAUGGCCAAGUAGAUUUUGAUGAGUUUAUGACCAUUCUGGGACCUAAACUGUUGUCUACUGAAGGAAGGGAUGUUUUUCUUAGCAACAAAAUUGACAGCAUAUUCUGGCAGUUUGAUAUGCAGCGAAUAACACUGGAGGAACUGAAGCACAUAUUGUUUCAUGCAUUCCGGGAUCAUUUAACAAUGAAAGACAUUGAAAAUAUUAUCAUAACAGAGGAAGAGAGCCUAAAAGAAAAUUCAGGCGGGUGCCAAACAGAAUUUGAAGGUGUCCAUUCUCAGAAGCAGAACAGACAGACCUGUGUACGGAAGAGUCUUAUCUGUGCAUUUGCCAUGGCCUUCAUAAUCAGUGUUAUGCUGAUUGCAGCCAAUCAGAUCCUUCGAAGUGGGAUGGAGUAACUAUUCGCCAUAGCACUGUGAACAAAAACUUUAUCAUGCAUGUGCAUGUACUAGAGAAGGAACAUUUGAAUGAUACUUUCUGGAACAUAAACAGAAAAGGGACAACAAAAACACUACCCUAUGGAUCACUAAGAAACACCAGUGCAAGUUGUCCUGAAGACCUAACACCAUAAUAUCUUUUUGGCAGGGACAUAAAAGGGCUGUCUUAAAUGCUUUAAUGGUUUCAUUUUCUAAUGCAAUAAAGUACAAGAUUUCUGAAUUGUUCCAACCAGAAACAGUAACUAUAGAAAGAUUUUGCUUAUGUAGAUAUGCUCAAGAAGCAAUUUUAUAAGGUCAAUGUAGUCUUUUAGAAAUGCUGAAGUCUAAUUUAGGAAUUAUCUGGGGCUGAUUUUAAGACAUGACUGCAGCUUCUACUCAGUGGUUUUAUAACUGAGCUCACCUAGUAUAAGUGAUUGCAUAUGUUCAGAUCUGAGAAUGUUUCACAUUCUCUGAUCUUGGUAAUACGAAUGUUUUAUGAUAUGAAUAAUUUCAGAGGCAUAGAAUUCCACAGUUCUCACUACUGUAAUGACUCUGGACAAUGCAGCUGUUAAUGGUUUAGUACAAAAGGAUUUUAUAUCUGUUUUGAAAGGGACAGUCACUGCUUUUCUAAACUGGGUGACACAUGCCUUAUAACUUAAAAGAUGAAGGCACAAGGGGUGCUAAAAUAUGAUUCUUGAGAUUUGCAAUGACAAAACGCUUUGAGCAUCUUCCUUUAUUGUGAUCAUGUAACAUAAUUUUAUUAUGAUUAACUUUGUGCACAGGCGGCAUGUUUCAUUAAAGAAAGAGAAUGCCCAUCGAGUUUAAUAUAUCACGUAGCUAAGAUUUAUAAUUGUAUUACCUCUACAGAUGGGGGGAGGGGGGGAGGAACAUUAUUAAAGAAGUUAAACUGCUACUUGUGCUUCAGUCUUUUUCAGUUCAAAUGAACAGUCAUCCUGUUAGUUACUUUAUUUAGUCUCAUUUUCCAAAAUAUAAUCAUUCAUAACCUUCACGAAAUACAUAUUCAGGCUUAAAGUUCUGUAAGUCUUAAUAUUUAGUUUCCUUAUCAUGUGAUGUUAGUGCCAUUUAUCUCACCGGCAUUUUACUUCUGCCUCAGAGAUGGGAGAACAGGCGUCAAACCAACAUGCUUGGAAAGUUUGGGGUAUGUGAUCCACAUACUAGCAUACAUUUCUACAAUUUAUUAAAAGCUGAGCAGUCAUAUUUAUUGUACUAAAAUGCCCUUUUCAGUCUAAUGCAUGUAGUAACUACCUGUAAAAUUAAUAUGAUUGCCAUAUUAUUGAGCUAUAUAGUGUUUUGUUAUGUAUAUUAAGUGAUAAAACAGUUGUGAUUUAUCUAUGCAUCCCCAGUGAUGGGAACAACUAUUUCUACAUAGUUCUGAGCACUUUAUGGAAGGUUAGGGUGGUGCUGAAUGUGUGGAUCAAAUCAGGCUAAGGGAUACUUCCUAGAAUUUUAUAUCAGUUUUAAAAGUGAUACUUUACUAGUCCUUUUCUUUAGUAGUUGAUAAACUACCUUAUAAAACUGAACCCAGAUGACUAUCUAAGAGAACAUACAGCUGAGGACACAAAGGAGCCAACCUGGUCAAACAAAAUAAUUGGUGGAAGGAGAUAAAUAAACAAAGAGAACAUACUUUUAUAUAAUAAUUAUAUGAAAUUAGAGUAUUUGAGAUCAAUAAGAAAAAAAUUGAGUUAAAAUGUCCAGUAUUUGGAUAAAAUAAUUUCUUCUAUUUUAUGAUAAAAUAGAAUAAAGAUUAUAAAUCUCAACAUUUCUUGACGAAAAUGUAAACAGCAAGUGGAAGACCUGAGUGACACAUGAUUGACUUGUUACUGGAACUGCAAAACACAAGUGGACUUGGCUACAUUAAUAUUUAUUAUAUUUCUAGAGAGAUGAUUGCCAGUAUAUUAAGCAAUUCUGCUUGAAAUCUUUAGUAGAUUGUGUAGAAUAUUACCACAGUCCUGGGACUACUGCAUUCUUUGAGAACUAUUUAAAUGAUGUACUUUAUGAUGUGUCCAUUAAGAUAUGCAGUAAAAGCCUCUUAAAUGGCAGCUGGAUAUUGUUUAUCAAAGAUCAGUGUUUAUCAAGUAGAUGAACUGUAAAGGUGUCAUGGAAAAAUGAGGAAUCCAGCUCUUGGCAAGAAGUACUGGAAGUUAAAACAAAUCAAUGUAAGCCAAAUUGUUUUGUGUCAAAUGCUUAUUCCAGUUUACCCUUUAGUAUACAAACCCUACCUUGCACUAGUUUCUGUAACUUUUCUCCCACUGAGAUGAACUGAGAAGCAAUUUUGUGUACAUCCAAUGCCAUUGUUGUAGUCUCAUUUAUCCAUUUCCUUCAGUGCAAGGGGGAUGAUAUCUUCUCGCAUUUCCAGAAUCUUGUAGUCUUUGCAUUCCUAGCUUAUUAAAUCUUCAGGUUAGUUAGCAGCCAUUUUUCCUUAGAAGAUCCUCACUUUACUUAGUGUAUGCAUUCAGAGAAAACUGGUUGCUAUAAAGAUAAAUUAUCAUUUUUGUGCUUCCAAUUUAAGCCAGGUCUGUAUCUACAAGGGUUCAGGAAAUUACAUACACAAUGUACCUGUGCUUAUAUGCCAGCAUAAUAAUUUACUGUGGGUGUACCUAAAACAAAUGAAAAAUUCAUGUAACCUUAGAAUAUAAUUCAUACAUCCAAUCUUUGCCAUAACUGAGGAAUAUUUUUCACAGGCUUGACUGAUGUGUUCUGAUGGACUAUAUCUCAGUAGCUGUAUUGUUCUGAAGGGAUCAGCUGAAACCUGCGGGCUAGACUUCCCAUCUGAUGUAUCACUCCUUGUCCCAGUGGCUUAUGUAUUUUCAGAGAGCAAGGUAGAACUAGAGAAACAGAAGAAGAGAUAUAAUAGGUAUAUUAUUUCAGUAUUAUAUGAUCUGCGAACUGGACCCUCCAUAGUUACCUGGAUGGGUUUAUAUUCUUCACCAUUCAGCAGUCUGCAUGUUUUUCCAGAAGUUACUGUAGUCAGGGAAGGUUGCACACUCGUGUUGUUGCCUGCCAUGAAAUCAUACAUUGAUUACAUAAGCACUCUCAUCCCCCACACUUAUAUUUUUAUCCCCUUGCCACCAACAAUCAGCCUCCUGCAAAUAAAGAAUGACAUAGAAGAUUUAACAUUCCACUGCUAACAGGGAAUAUGGCAAUAGGCGCUUGACCAACUUAUAGGAAAAUCCUGCAGUCAUGGUUGCUGGAGGGACCUUACCUGUAGGGGUAUAGAAGCAGAGUAUUCCUGAUUUCCAAAGAGAGUCAUUUUGUAGAUCAGUUGACAGAGUAAGAACAUGCCUGUUAUAUCUAACAUCAGGGCAGUCCUUGAUGGUUCUUUCAUUGGACUGAAUCCCAAGCAGUAAAUUACACAAGGGUGGAAAGAGGCAGGUGACUACAUCACAGCUACAGGAAAGGUUUUAGUACUGGGAAACCUUCAGAAAAUGGCUGAAUCCAUGACUGUGGACCGGGUAGUAUUGCUUGGCAAUGAAUGAUGGCAGGAAUAAAGGGCAGGGGUGACCAACUCCUUCAAGGACAGCAUGUUAAAACUCUAAAUGUUGCCACCCUUAAAGAAGGGCAGACUAAACUGCAGGCAGGACUACUUUGAGGAAAAAUCCAAUGGUGAAGCAUACUUUACUGCCAACCACCCAAAUGGUGAGGUAAUGGCAUCUGUGAACAUCCCAUGAAGUGAAUAUGGGAAGGAAAAUCUACCUCAUGUCCAUAUGGAUUUCUACCAAUCCUGAGUGUUAACUCUGCACCUGGCACUGAAAUUUCCAAGAGAGGAGACGAUAUCCAGAAUAGGAAAAGCAUCCCAUAUUGUCUCCAUCAAGCCUAGGCAAUAUUGGACUUCCACAAGGAAAGGGACAUUUGACAUGGGGAACAGAAGCUCCUAGUCUGACAAGAAGCUGAGGGGGGGCACUGCAUCCAGAUGUAGAAUUCCCACUAGUCUGUAACUUAAGAAAAACUGGGAACUUUAAAGAAGCUGCAAGACAUCCAAGGUUAGACAGCCCACUACUAAUAUCGAGACAAUGGAGCUUAGAGAUGAUUUUCCUCUUUCUUGGCUUCAGCCACUUUUGCCAAGAUCUGCAUGUCGUCUGGAGAGUGAGGAACCUCAAACGAAUAUGCUCAACCCAGACGAUCAAGACCAUCAGAGAAAUUACAGUGAAAACCCCCAGAAAUAGAGGGAGCAAGCAUUCCAGGAGUACCAUCUCUCCAUACCCAAUAAGGAGGUUGAGAGACUCAAAGCCUGAUACUUGUUGAAAAUGUGAGGACCAUUAUUACAAUCCUUGGAACAGUGAAAACAGAAGUAUAAUUAGGAGUGCAUAUUACUCCUGAGACUGUAAUACCUUGGAGUAUUCCCCCACACUGUAAGG